UUUUGUCAGUAAAUUAUAGUGUUACGUUGUACGAUUUCGACAAUGAAUUACGUAAAUGAAUUGGUAUUUUUGUUCCUCUGUAAAUCUUUAUAGAGUUUCUAUUUAUUUUAUUUUUUUAUCAUAUUGCCUUUUAAACAUUUUUAUUACGUCCCAGAUUAAUUCCUUCACUUUAAGRUUUACACGACUACAUGCCAGUUACAGUAAUGUGUGGUGAUUUGUUGGAACCUGAGCUGAACUGCAGGGAUAGAAAUAUCCCAUCAAGCCUCUCAUUUAUUCCUCUUCAUCUCUAUCCCCUCUUUACGCCCCCUCCCACGCCGUCUCUCCGGGCGAACGCACUGCUCACUGCUGCUGCUGCUGCUGCUGCGGCGCCGACCCUCUCCCUCUCUCCUUCUCUCAGUCCCGCCGGUCGCCUGUGGACGCUGCCCGGCUUGGCCGAACAUGGCGGCGGCGCCGGAGGAGGAGGUAGACCGCAGACCGAUCCGGAGGGUCCGGUCCAAGAGCGACACGCCUUACAUCAACGAGGCGCGGAUCUCCCUGCACCUGGAGACAGCAGAGGACGUGGAGCGACUAGCAUCGAUGCGCUCUGAUUCUCUGGUACCAGGAACCCACACGCCUCCCAUUCGCCGCCGGAGCAAGUUUGCCACUCUGGGACGCCUGUUUAAACCCUGGAAAUGGAGGAAGAAGAAGAGUGAGAAGUUCAAGCAGACCUCUGCAGUGUUGGAGAGGAAAAUGUCUACUCGCCAAAGCAGAGAGGAGCUCAUCAAGAAAGGACUCCUGAAGGAGGUUUAUGAGAAAGAUGGGACAUCCUCUCCAGUUCUCAGGGAGGAGGUGAAGAUGGAGAACGGUCGCUCCCCAGCGCUCAGCUCUAUCCYACCUGAACCUGAAGGUCCUGAGCUGAUGGAAGGAGCGACAGCCGCUGUAGCYGGAUGUUUGGAGUUUCAAAUGCAAAGUGAGGGUACAUGUCAACCAGACCAGGCCCAGAACUCCAGCCCGACUCCACCCGCAAAGGCCUCGGCAGCGUUUCUUGCUGACGGAUCAGAAUCUCCCCGCUCAAGACCUCCUACGUUACACAAACAGCCGCCUGCUCUUCCACCCAAACCUUUCAGCAGACUCCCCAAUCACAUCACAGGUGAGCUCUUCUCUGUGCCUGAAUCGGUGUCCAUGUUUCUCUUUCUGCUAUUUCCUCCUCCUCUCGCAGACGGCACCCCUGUGAAGUUGCCGUGCAUGUCAGCCAAGCUGUCUCCUCCUCUACCUCCGAAGAAGCUCCUGAUCUCCGUUCCCGCGGGGGGCAUGGAGCCCUCUCCUCUUGCCUUCCAGAAGUGCCCCGGCCCACCCAGCCACACUGGCAUGGGCGGACACUCGCUGCAGUAUGGGGCGCUGCCGGUACCCCUGCACCCGCCCAGCAGGAUCAUAGAGGAACUCAACAAGACGCUUGCCCUCACCAUGCAGAGGUUUGAGAGUUCCAUGAUGCACACUGUUCCUGCCAUGAUGAUCGAGUGCGAUGACAAUAAAGAAAAUCUCCCAAAUGAGGCUGACUAUGAAGAGCUGCCUGGCAUGUACAGGGACGAGGAAGAAGAAGAAGAAGAAGAAGAGGAGGAGGAGGAGGACGAUGAUGAUGAAGAAGAGGAAGAAGAUGAUGAAGAUGAAGAGGAAGAAGAUGACGAUACACUGCUUACAAGUACGCUGGCCAUGAAGGUUUUACGGAAAGACUCUCUGGCCAUCAAGCUCAGUAACCGUCCAUCAAAGAGAGAGCUGCAAGAGAAGAACAUCCUGCCGAUGCAGUCGGACCAGGAGCGUCUGGAAUACCGGCAACAAACCGCCACCAAACUGACCAGGCGGUUGAGCCAGAGGCCGACAGCAGAGGAGCUGGAACAGAGAAACAUUCUGAAACCUCGAAAUGAUCUGGAGGAGCAGGAAGAGAAAAGAGAGAUCAAGAGACAUUUAUCCAAAAAGCUCAGCAACAGGCCCACAGUGGAGGAGCUGAGGGAGGCCAAGAUCCUCAUCCGAUUCAGCGACUACGUGGAAGUCGCUGAGGCUCAGGACUACGACAGGAGAGCAGACAAGCCAUGGACUCGGUUAACAGCAGCCGAUAAGGCUGCCAUCAGAAAAGAGCUGAAUGAGUUUAAAAGCACAGAGAUGGAGGUGCACGAGUCGAGCCGCCAUCUGACCAGGUUUCAUCGGCCGUAGUCUGCAAUCCUGCUGCCACUUUUUUAAGACCUUAAUCUUAAAAAAAAGUAACUGCUGAUCGGCAUCAACCUGUUUGAGUCAGGAAGUAGGAGCAAAAACUUUCAGAUGUUGGAGGGUUAUGGGGCUGAAAAAGAAACAAACUCAGAACUGUUCUUUUCCCUCAAUGGGAAUUUUGAUGACUUCUUGAUAUUCAAA